AUGUUAGAAAAAAAGUUUGCUGACAUUGACAAGAAAUUUGAGAAUGUUUUAAAUAAGAACAAGAGAAAGUUAGAAAAUGCUCAGAUAAAGCCUAUACAUGAAAAGUUCUUAUUUGCUCAGAAUGGUAUAACAGGUCUAAUUGCACCACCUGGGUCGGGUAAGACUUUCACUUAUCUUAAAAUGGCUGCACAACAACAAGAACUAGAUGAGAAGAACCCAUUCUAUGAGUUAGUUGUUAUUUGUAGUACUUCUGGUCAAUUUGACCAAACCGUCAAUUCGUUCAAAGAUAUUAUAAAGAAGUCUAAGUUAGUAUGUAUAAAGGAUACUGAGUUGUUAGAUUGGAUAAAGAAGUACCAAAGAAGAGUUUUGAAGUAUAAUGCUAUAAAUGAGUAUAUAAAUUCUAAGUUUAAAGACCCAAAUGAGGAAAUGCAGAGAAUAUUAGAGAAGAAACACUUCAGAAACAAACAGAAAGAGAUAGAA